AUGUCGAUUGCGCCAUCAGAAGCCCCCGACGCCCUGCACAAGCAAGACCUGCGGGCCUCGCAGGAAUCCGUCCAGUCGCCCGUCUCCAGCACCUUUUCCGCCCCGGCCUUGGCCGAGUCGUCGAGCACCCUUUCCACAUGCACCACCAUCACCACCACUACCGACACUGACAGCAAGCCCGCCGACCCGCCAAUGCUGGGCCCGCCCCUCCAAUCCUGCCCCGGCGACGCGCCAGCUGCACCGCGCCUCGACACUGCUGCCGCCAAAGCGCCGCCAGCUAGCGACACCGCAGUCAGCCCUAAACACCAAGAGUCUUCCGCAACCCACGGCUCCAAGCGCAGCGCCGAUGGCUCGCUCAAGAGUGCCGGUGCGCCGCUCCCCACCCCGUCGACCUACAGGCCCAUGGCUGCCCACAAGCGGAACAAGAGCAUGGAUACACACUCGGUUACUCGCAUUGGAGAGCUCUCUGCUCAGCUCAAGACGCGUCUUUCCUACGCCAUGGUCAAGGUCCAGAACGGCUGGGAGAAGCAGUCGCUCGACGAGCUGGAAGAAGGCCAUUCGCAGCGCGGAUCGCCCAACUCUGCUCCGGGCAGAGGCGACUCUCUCGCAUUCGACUCGCCUGCUGACAUGGAUCGGCGACGGAGACCCAGCGGAGUCUCAGACAUAUCCGACCACAUGAUCAUGUCGCCGGCCUCUGACCCGACACGAUCGCUUGCGGGAACACCUGCUGUAUAUUGGAGACCAGCCACUCGCCCGACGAUGCAUGCUGCCGCAAAUCUCAUUUCCAUCACCGGCGCUCAACAUGGCCCUGGUCUUGCUCCAGCCCCCACAUUCCAAACGGGACGAAGACGUCGGUCCAGUGUCUCGCAUGUUCCGCCGCCUCUGCUAGGAGCACACCAAAGGAAAUAUAACAGUGACCUGAGUGCAGACAUGCGAUCGCCAGCCACUCCCCGAGCAGGAAUCCUUCGCAUGCCUAGUCAGCAAGCCGAAAAGGACGCCGUCGACACGCUACUCUUCAUGAGCAGUCCAAACAACUCACAGCGCUUUCCCACAGGAGCACCUCCCGAGCCAAGUCCGCUCAGACCUGAAGCUCCCCAGAGACGAGUCAUGUUCGAGGCCUAUCCUCCACAGGAUAAACAUGUUGUAUACCAUUCUUCCAUGCCCGCUCCACCCCACCACCACCAACACGGCCCCUAUCCAGCGUAUCCAGCAAGAUAG